AUGGCGAAGAAGAAGAAAGACGAGGAGCAGCAGCUGCGCGAUGCGAUGAAGGCCUACGGCGAAGCGAAGGCGGUUGGGAAUAGGGCGGAGGAGGCGCGGUGGGCGAAUUUCAUUGGAAACAUCCAUAAGAAUCGAGGGGAGUACGUGGAGGCGCUGGAUUGGCUGCAGAAGGAUUAUGAGGUUUCAGUGAAGCAUUUGCCGCCCAACCAACUCCUUCCUACUUGUAAUACCCUCGGCGAACUCCACCUCCGCCUCCAACAUUUCCACGAAGCCCUAAAGAUUCAGGAAAAGCACUUAAGGCUGGCAGAGGACACAAAUAACCUCAUUGAGCAACAAAGAGCAAGUACACAACUCGGUCGGACAUACCAUGAAAUGUUUUUGAAGUCUGAGGAUGACCAUUCCUCGAUUAGGAAUGCCAAAAUGUACUUUCAAUUAGCCAUGAAACUUGCUGAAGAUAUCAAGAAGAGUCCAACAGAUAGCAAAUCUUCUAUUGUUAGGGAGUACAUUGAUGCUCAUAAUAACCUUGGAAUGCUUGAAAUCGAUCUUGAUAACUUGGAAGAAGCCAAGAGAAUUCUCAAUAGAGGAUUAACAAUCUGCGAUGAAGAAGAGGUUGAUGAGGAUGAUGAUGCACGUAGUAGGCUGCACCAUAACCUUGGCAAUGUUUAUAUGGACCUUAGGGAAUGGGACAAAGCACGAGAGCACAUAGAAAAGGAUAUCACAAUUUGUAAGAAAAUUGGGCAUUGCCAAGGUGAGGCAAAGGGUUUUAUUAAUCUUGGGGAGUUGCACUACAAAGUCCAAAAAUACAAUGAGGCCAUAAUUUGUUACCAAAAGGCCCUUCAACGGGCAAAGUCAAUGGAAGAUGAGGAUGCUUUAGUGAGUCAAAUUGAACAGAAUAUUAAAACUGUAGAAGCAACAAUUGAAGUAACGGAAGAAUUAAAGCAUGAAUCUCAGAACCUCAAAAGGCUGGAAAGGAAGUUGCAAAGUGCUAGAGGCACAGGAUGUGAGAGGAAGAAUUUACUGCAACAGAUUGUAUCUCUUGGUCAUCUUAUUGAGAAAUCAAGCAUGACACUUGCAUGGAGGAAGCAUCUUAAGUAUGCAAAGAUGAAGAAAAGGAUUUCAAAUGAGGUUUGUGAUAAAGAGCACCUGGCAGAUUCAUUUCUUGCGAUUGGAGAGUCGUACCAGAAGCUUAGGGAGUUCAAGAAAGCUCUUAAAUGGUACACAAAGAGCUGGGAAUCAUACAAGCUAAUUGGCAACUUCGAGGGACAAGCAUUAUCCAAGAUUGAGAUAGGAAACGUUCUCGAUUCUGAUGGUGAUUGGAUGGGGGCCUUAGAGGCUUUUGAAGAAGGUUAUAGGAUUGCUCUUGGAGCUAAAAUUCCUUCUGUUCAGCUGUCUGCUCUUGAAAAUAUUCACUACUGUCACAUGAUCAGAUUUGAUAAUGCUGAAAAGGCUAGGAGUCUGAAAUUGUCAAUUGACAAACUAAGGCAUUCAGGAAGUAAGGGAAUUGAGGCAAAAGAUACGGCAGGCCACUGUUGUUCUGAAACUGAUACUGAGAUUGAUGAUCACUCAGCAAAAAGGUCUGAAGUUAGCAUUUCACCGGAAAGAAGUUCAUCAAAUUUCACUAGGUCAAAGUCUCAUUCAUGUGAGGAGGACUUAAAUGAAGAUGCUCCAUUGAUCUCAUUUCUCCAUCCUGGUAAAAAGGCAGCAAAGUUGAGAACCCGUUGUGAAGCAGCAGUGCAUACUUCUAUCAAGCCUCCUGAAACCUCACCCAGGAGCACAUCGAUGUCUGUUGGCAGCCAGGCAGUUGGUCGUAAACGUACCCGUGCUGUUAUUUCUGAUGAUGAAUAUGAAAACAAUGAGGAAUAUACCUCCAGAAGAACAAUUUAUAGUGGCCACGCAGAAAAAGUUGCUACUUCAGAUGGAUUGGAGAAUACAAAGAAUUCGAAUUGUCCUGCUGCUAAUGAGUUCCCUGAUAUUUCACCGCUUGCCUCAAAAUGUGCCAUGAAUGCUUGUACUCCUGUUAACCUUGAAGAAAGUAGUUGUUCGUACAAAUCCAGAACUUCAAUCUUAGUUGCUCAAGAUGGCAAGGAUUUCAGACAUUCAAGCACAACUGAAUUUGCAAGUGCCACUGGAAAGCUGCCUUUCAAACACAAUGUGCCAAAUAUUUGUUCCUCUCCUGAUGAAAGCUGUCAACAUAUACCAAUCAAAGUUGAUGAUUACUUGGUACAAAUGAAAUUAGACUCAUUCGUGAAUCGAGACAAACUCAGCAUAGAGCAGAUGAAGGCUGAAGUGGCAUGCUUGUACUACCUACAACUACCCUCUGAGAGGAGAGCAAAGGGUUUGGUGCCAGUGGUUCAAGACAUAAAAUAUGAUGGUAGAUCUUUAGAAACUUUGGAAGCUUACAUAUUGAAGAAUUGCGAACUUGGAAAUGGCCAGAUUGAAGUUUCAGUUGGGGUGUGGGUACAAAAGCGAGUAAUGAAGUUAUACAUUGACUGCUGCGAGGAACUAUCAGAACAACCCAAUUUGAAGGUUCUUAAGAAGCUAUACAACUUAGAGGUAUCAGAAGAUGAAAUUGUUGUCUCUGACUGUGAACUGCAAGAUAUAUCUGUCGCACCACUGCUUGAUGCCUUGCAUGCACACAAAACAGUUGCCAUCAUAAACCUUUCUCACAAUCUCUUAGGAAAUGGAACAAUGGAGAGACUCAAGCAAGUAUUUGCAUCAUCAGGACAGAAUUAUGGUGCUUUAGUAUUAGAUUUGCACAGCAACCGACUUGGUCCCACAGCUUUAUUCCAAAUUUGUGAAUGCCCGGUGCUAUACUCACGAUUGGAAGUAUUAAACAUUUCUGGCAACCGCUUGACUGAUGCAUGUGCUUCUUACCUUUCUUGCAUUUUGAAGAACUGCCAAGCUCUUUAUAGUUUGAAUGUCGAACACUGUUCUAUCACGUCUAGAACAGUUCAAAAGAUUGCUGACUCACUGGAUUCUGGAUCUGUAUUAACAAAUCUCUCUUUAGGAUAUAAUAACCCAGUAUCUGGGAAUGCCAUUACGAACCUUAUGCUUAAAAUUGCUGAUUUGAAAAGAUUUCAAGAGCUCAAUUUAUCUGGUAUUAAGUUGAGCAAACCUGUAGUAGGUAGCCUUUGCCAAUCUGCCGUGAACUUAAGAUUGUCAGCUUUGAUGCUUGCAGGCUGCAGUAUUGGAAUGGAUGGGGCAUUACAGUUGACUAAGACACUCUCAAAUGAGACUCAGGAACUGGUGAAGCUGGAUCUAUCAUCUUGUGGAAUAACAUCAGAGUAUUUCAGUAUGCGAAAUACCGGAAUUUGUUUAAUCAAUGGUAUUCUUGAGCUGAAUCUUGGAGGAAAUCCUAUCAUGCAAGAGGGUGGCACUGCACUGGCCUCUGUACUUGCAGAUCCUCGAUGUUGUUUAAAAACUUUGGUACUCUCCAAAUGCCAACUUGGGCUAAUUGGCAUCCUUAGGAUACUUGAGGCACUGUCGAGCAAUUGCUAUCUCGAAGAGCUCAACUUGGCCGAAAACAUCCUUCCAGCUGAAUUAGGAUAUAGUUUGCCAUCAGUGAAAGGAAGCCCAAACUCCACGCAGACUAAGCUCAUUCUUCCAAACUCUUUACACAAAGCAUCUGCACAUAAAGAGUUUGAGACUUCUACACAAGAGUUCUGUGCUGCUAACACAGAUUUCAAUCAGAUCGAAGUUGCAGAUAGUGAUGAUGAUACAUUUGGGGUGAAUGUUACUGCUUCUGGAUUGAGCAACGAGCAUAUUAGCUCAUCCCAGGAGAGCCUACUGAAUUCAGAAUCUGAAUACAUUCAGGGGGUUCUGGCUGCUAUUACCAUGGCAAAACAGUUGCAAAUUUUAGACCUCAGUAAAAAUGGUUUCUCCCAGCAUGUUGUGGAGAGUUUGUUUACUGCAUGGUCAAGUUCAAGAGCUGGUUUAGCUCAGAGUCAUAUUCAGGAUAAUGUGAUUCAUCUGUCAGUGGAAGAAAACAAAUGCUGUGGCAUCAGGCCCUGCUGUCAAAAGGUUUGAGCUAUAUAACUGCUGAAAUUGCUGAUUAUAUCAGUCGGCUUCACUGAAGAUUUGAAGUGGACGCAAUCAACAUGGCAUUGACCAUAUUCAACUAUUUGGUGCCUCAACAAUGGCUAUCAGAAAGCCACGUACAUAGAAUCUUUUUCUACUUGUGAUUAUUACCAAAUUUUGAAUUCAUUUAUCUGUG